AUGCUCUCACUACGAAGUCAGAUUUCGACUACUUCUUCUAACGCCCAUCGUUAUGCCGCCCCUCAAUCUCAAAGCGAGCCUACUUUCAGGAAGAUUGGCGCUGGCGCUUGUGGUGCCAUCUUUGGACAAGACGGCAAAUCCAUUGUCAUCAAAUUAGCCAAGACAGACGAUGAGCUGUCACUCUGGAACGAUUACCACAAGCACACUUUGAUCGCAGAGCAGUUUCGCAAAUGGGACUUCAAGGAUAUCAAAAUCCCAGAAUGCUACUACUUUGUUCCAAAGGAUGACCCUCACUAUUUCGGCCAGCAUCCAGAGCUAGCUGAGGCAGCCAAAGAAGUAUGCCAUCUACCUACCAGCGCUCUAGUCACCGAGCGAAUCUUUCCAUUGCCCAAAAAUACCCGGAAUCUCUUAAUACACAAGUACUGUGAGCCACGAAUCAAAGAGGCUGCUCUUAGAGAUGCGGCGAAUAAGGAUUGUUUGGUGAGAGUAUAUCUCGGUUCAAUGCAGGGCAGAAGCGGAGGACAGUUUUUCUCUUUACGAAACUUCAAGAUGCACCUCAACCAGAUGGUGGAACUCCAGCUACUGCUAGAUGUCAAGGCAAUGGCCGGUAGGAUGGGUAUUGCCAUGGCUAUCAUGCAUUGGGCGGCCAAAACAGACGCGCGGGAUAUCGAAUUUGUUCUCGGCAGCUCUUCCAACAAGGUUUCAGCUCACAUGAGUGCGCAAGAUAUUGCGAAUCUUCCACGUCCAGCAUACACUGGACCACCCUCAUACAUUAAUGAAGAUUUCUUCUCUCGGAUCACCGAUCUCUGGGUCCUGGACUUCAACCAAGUCCAGCCCAUUACCAUGGAUGAAGCUGGCGUUGCAAAAGCCAUUGAGGCGGCCAGGAUCAACGAUCCAUAUCUUCCAAAGCCUCUUGGAGCGUCUCAAAUUGAAAAACAUGCCUGGAAUACUUUUGCUGCCAACUAUAUCACCGCAGCUGACAUUAUUCUUGGAGAAGCCAACGACCAGAGGCUGCUGAUGUUGCCCCGAAUGUUUAUUCGAGGGCUUAUUGAGCUACAGGAAAGGAAGAAGUAG